AUGCAGCGUGUGGGGCGACGUAUUCCCCUGCGAGGUGCAAUAAGGUGCCCGUUUCUAGUGACGAGUCGACGCGCUGUCUCUGUCGCAGGAGGAGCCGGCGGUGUUGCUAGUCUUGGUAGUGGUGGUGGCAACGAGGGCCACAAAACCUACUUCGAGUACCUGGAUUGCGUCUGGAACCGCCAGUGGUUCGGGGCAACCGAGAGUCUGCCGCCGUUACCAGAUGCAUCGCCGUUUGCAGACAUCUUUGUCACCUGUCAAGCGGCGUUGGGGCUCGAUUCAGCAAUCGCCAUUAUUUUGUUUGGGGCUCUUAGCCGACUCUGUACGCUGUAUUUUUCGCUUUACGGGGAGCGUGCGUCGGAGCGGAUGCGGACUGCCAUGCGGCGGCUAAAGGUUCCACAUGAGGCGUUUCAACGUGUGUAUUAUCGCGAAGGGUCGGCGGCGCUGGACAUUCAGCUGGCCGCCAUUGCUCUCAAGGGAGAGCGUCGGCGUAUCUUCUUGGAGGAAAAAACCUCGAAUCUACAGUGUCUUUCAUCGCUGCUUGGAACGCCACUAGUGCUCUUUGGCAUCAUCGAAACAACCGCCAUGUGUGAAAAUCCACGAUAUAAUAUUGGCACUUCCUCCUUUUUGUGGUGCCCAGCACUCACCAUGACAGAUCCCUAUGGUAUCCUACCGCUGACUUUCUGUGGACUGACGCUAAUGAACUUUGAACUGUCGAUCAGCAAAGAUCUUAAGAAUGGAUGGAUGUCGACUCUUGUUUGGGGGGCCCGUCUCGGUUGUCUUUGUGUUCUCCCUGCAGCGGCGCACAUUCGCGCGGGGGUGGCUCUCUAUUUUCUUGGUAUGAGUUUAGUUGGUUUGCUUCAGCCUUUGCUAUUGCGCUCCACGGCAUUUCGCGCGUGGUUUAAUUUUCCGGCCCAGCAAUCACAGUUGGAGCCUACGAAGGCUGUGGAAAAGCCGGACGACCUUCAUGCACGCAUGUGCGUGCAGUUUCCUUAUCUAACGCAUCUGUUUAACCCGGAGUCCGAGGAAAAUACUGGUUUUCUGAAGGACAAAGCGGCAACGUCGCAAAACGAUUUCCAAAGGCGCUGCAAUACUGCCGGCUACGCAAGGGGCAUGAACCCUCUUAUGCGAGAGGAGCCCCCGCGUCCGAUGAGUGGCUGGUCUUCCACAUCUUUUCCUGCUGCAGCAGUUAACGUGGCGACUGUGCCAUCACGAAAGGGGGCCAACUUUGCAGCGGGCAGAUGGAAAGCAACACAGACGGAAUUUCGCGAGGAGGACUUUAUUCCUGAGGUUGCUGAUGCUGGCCAGAGUAGCGGCAAAGGCAAGCAAUAG